AGGGGCAGAGGCAGUGAGAUGGAUGGAGCAGGAUGCUGCCCGGUGGAGGGGCUGAGGCAGUACAACACACUUUCUCCCUCCUUGAGCGCAUCAACGAGCUCUGAUCCAUAGGUGGAAAGCAGAGAGAUCUACACAGACAAGAUCACAGAAAUGUAACAAUUACGAGUGGAGAGGAGAGCUGAAAAGAGGGGGGGGGGGUUUAAGGAAACCGAAGGCAUCAAAGUCUACAUUAUUAAGGAGGAUUUGAGGAGUCUGCGUUUAUAAUCCGACAUCAGAGGCGGAAUGUGAAUCCAAAUAACUUAUGUUAAUUAGAGAUUUUAACGAAUAUGAUGCGAUUUGAACGGAUCUGAAGCACCGAGAGGAGAAUUUCAGAUUGGCCACUUGGAUUUAAAUAUCUGUGGGUUUUUUUGGAGACUGCCUGUGUUCACCGUCGACUUGCCCCCAGAACUGAUUUGCAGCCUCCACGGUCAUUUGCGUCUAAAAAAAAAAAAAAGGAGUUGGCUAUCAGAGGUUGUAUCGGACCACUGUGCGUUUGUGCUCCCCUCUCUCUCUCUCACACACACACACACACACACAUACACUGGAGUUAUUAUUUCGGACUGAGGGGAUGAUUUUAGUGCGUCUGUUUCGCAAUGAUUGCCGCCUAAUUUCCCAGGUCCGACCGAGGUCCGCCAGACUUUGUGGAAAAGGAGAUUAUUGUUUGUUGUCAGUCUUCAUCCAACCCACGGCAGCCUGCGGUGCAACUCAACACAGUGGAUCGCAAGAAAAUCCAGAGGAGUGACAACUGACAUUCACACGAUCGAGCCACGAAAGGCUCCGGAUCAACUUCAAAACUAAAGCGCACAAGUUUUAAGUCUGGAAUAUAAGAAUAGAUGAUUCUCCGAGGACAGAAGACGAAAUACACCUAGGCCUACAAAAUGUUCAAAAGGGGCUGCGGGCUUGAGUUCCUGCUCGUUCUCUGUGGACUCGAGUUUUCCUGGUCGUGCCCUCGUCACUGUAUCUGCUACACUGCACCCAGCACCGUCUCCUGCCAAGCCCACAACUUCCUGUCGGUCCCUGAAGGCAUUCCUCCUGACAGUGAGCGCAUCUUCUUACAGAACAAUAAGAUCCAUCGCUUACUCCGGGGCCACUUCAGCUCCAACACAGUCACUCUCUGGAUCUACUCCAACAACAUCACGUACAUCGAGCCCUCCACCUUCCACGGCUUCACACUGCUGGAGGAGCUGGAUCUGGGAGACAACCGCCACCUGCGCUCCUUGGCUGAAGACACCUUUCACGGGCUGAGUCGGCUCAAUGCGCUACACCUGUACCGAUGUGGACUCAGUUCACUUCCUAAUAACAUCUUCCAAGGCCUCAGAAAUCUGCAGUAUCUCUACUUGCAGGAUAAUCAUCUGAAGUUCCUGCAGGAUGACACGUUUAUGGACCUCCACAACCUCAGCCACCUGUUCCUGCAUGGAAACCGUCUGUGGAGCCUUAACCAGAACACCUUCAGAGGCCUUCGAGCCCUGGACCGACUGCUUCUGCACCAAAACCAGAUUGAGUGGGUCGACCGCCUGGCCUUCCAUGACCUGAAACGUCUCACCACCCUCUACCUGUUCAACAACUCCCUGAUACAGCUGUCUGGACAGUGCCUGGACAUGCUGCCCGCCCUAGAAUACCUGCGCCUCAACGACAACCCGUGGUCAUGUGACUGCAAAGCCCUGUCGCUAUGGGAGUGGUUGAAGCGUUUCCGAGGUUCAACGUCUUCAGUGGGUUGCCAGGCACCGGCUAAUAUGGUUGGGAAAGACCUGAAAGAGCUGCGCAAGGAGGACUUCCCCAACUGUUCACCAACUGUUCCUAGCUCUGAGUCCAGAGCCCAGACUAACAAUUUAUCUGGCACGGUGAACCCGUCUAUGAAUCGCGGUGUAGCGGUGGGGUCUGGAGGGCAGACCCACAUAGUGCACCCCUCGAGGCCCGGCCGUUCUCGGAACUGCACAAAGCCUCGUAACAGGGUGAGCAAGGGGAAGGGUGACAAUGAGGUUCACCACUCAAAGGAGGUCAUGGCAGACAAGGAGGAUUCCUCCCCAGAUUUCACAGACGGGGGGAAACAUGACCACACGUCCCCAGACGGCACCGUCACAAGGAGGAAGCACAAGUGCACUCCGCGGACCACUGUUCGCCCCCCUAGUGGGGUUCAGCAAGCCAACAAUAGGGCAACCUUAUCCCGGUCCUUACUACAUGUGUACGCCCUCUUUGUGGCCUUGAUAACAGCAAAUAUUGACUAUAUUCUCCGCUGACCUUCAGAGGGUUUGGCAAAUGCUAAUCACAAAAAAAAACACAGCCCUCAAACCCUCUCUUGCUCCUGCACUACAAGGCCUGUGUGUCUUUUAUGUAUGUGUGUGUGAGUGUGAUUAUAUGUGUAAAUGUUGUGUAGGGAGCUUUACUGUUCAGACUCAAACAAAGCAUCAAACAUCUACAACAGAGAGACUCACAGCACAAAAAUCGGAGGGACUGAGAAUGAAAAGAUGAAUACAGACCAAGCUUGCACUGCCACUUAAGCCAGUAUGAUUUCAUCUUCAUAUGUCCUGGCAUCUAUUUUUUUUUAACUUUGGUUUUUUCACUCAACUGGAGCUCGGAUAACCAAAAGUUGGUGUAAAGAGAGCAAGAGAUAACUGAGCAAGUGAGGUAAAACUUCUUAGCCAGUUAGCUCUGAGACAGAUGAGCUCGGUCUUCAAGCGCUCCGUCCAGCUUUAAUUUUCAGUCCAUUGUUUGUAAAUCGUUAGCAAGAAGGAACAAAAUGAAAGCACGUAAAAGCGUUCGGUAUCGGCCCCAUCUUGCUCUCAUUCUUCCUGCAGGUCCGUAACAAGCUGCAAGUGCUUCUCAUAAACAGAGGUAAAGUGUAAGCAUGGCAAUAAAUUGUUAGUGUCAGAGUCAGACAUAAGAAUGUGUCAUUCUUGUUACAGAAUGGAAAUCUAUAGCCACAGGUGUUUCAAGGCCAUAAACAGAACAACCAGUUAGCUCGUACACCGUAUGAAGCUCUAACAAAUCACAACAACUACUCUCUACAUUAUUGCAGGCUUUUUUUCCAGGUGCUGUUCCAACCUUUCUGCCUAUUUUAUUUUUUAUGUUUUUAUUUUACAUUUCUGCUUUUUUUUUUUUUUUGAUAGACAGUAGAGAGUGACAGGAAAGGCAAGGAGAGAGAGAGAGAGAGAGAGAGAGAGAGAGAGAGAGAGAGAGAGAGAGAGAGAGAGAGAGAGAGAGAGAGAGAGAGAGAGAGAGAGAGAGAGGGGAUGACAUGCAGCAAAGGGUCCGGGUUGGAAUUGAAACCAGGCGGCUGCGGUAAGGACUCAGCCUUGUUAGUGGUACACUAUGUAACUGUAUUUCGUAUUGCAUUUCUGCACACAACUCUGCUUCCAUCUUCAUUUCAACCACUUUUCUCCUCCUGUGCAACUGAAUAAUAAGCUGCUAAUUGUCUCAACACGACGAGGACUGCCAUGCGCUAUUUUCAUUUGCUUGGAAAAACUGUGUGUCUCUGGGAGAUCAAGCUGUGAAUAUUGAAGAGUCUGUCUAUAUCUCGUGUCAGAUGUUGUUCAUUUGAUUUUUCUAAGACACAAAAUGGACCUAGAGAUGGAUCCCUGCUGCAGGGCCAACAGGAGCCUUAGAGGUCGAGGGUCAGAUGGGGCUUUCUCAGUUUCCCAGUGAGGUUGUGCUGAACUGAUCCCUCCUCAGCGAGGGCAUACUUUCCUCAUUGAGAAUAUGAGGAACGCAUUUUUUUCUUAAUUACCGAACUUCAAAAGGAAUACAAGAACAAGACUGGAGAAAAAAAUGUGUGUGUACCUUAAAUGACUCGUGAUCAAAAAAAAGAAAAAAAUAAAAAAAAAAUAAAAAUAAAACAUUCAAAAAACAGUUUGAAUGGAGCAUGGCAAAACAGGGAUCAUGCAGAGAGAAUUAUGCCUCCUAAUUAACUGACGUGAUUGUCCAUGGAUGUGAGGAUCCAAGACCGAGACAAUCGCUUCUGAAGUAACAAGGGAAUGCGGCACAAUGCAGACUGACAGAUGGACAAUUACGGGACAUCUUGCUGUACUUCUGGAGCUUUUGUGCCUCCCUUAAAUCUACCGAUAAGAUGGUGUUUGUAUCAAUGAUGUGAACUGUAACAGUAACAAUGGAGACAAUGGAGGACUUCUUGCAGUGCUGAUAUUAAUCAUUUACUGUAUUACUAUGAGAAAAACAAUAUAAGUGACAUCAAUGAUGAUAACAGGGUUUUCUGCUCCUCCCGUCAGGGGGAGCCUUUCGAUUUUUGAUUUUCUGGUGAUUUGUUUAUUUACGUAUUUUUCAUGUUAUAUUUUUUAGAACCUUUUAUUUGUCAAUGCACAAUUCCUCACCUCACUCUCUUUCUUGUUCUACUGUAUGCUUACUCAUCUUCUUUCUUUGCCAUAAUUCAAUUGUUCAGUAAGUUAUCAUCAGAGAACAACAGUACAAAAAUGUUUAUAAAGAUAUUAAAAUCUAUAUCUUCUUAUGUCUAC